UUGUAUCUGGCCGUGUUCUCGGCAGUUCUGGGAAACUUCAACUUCGGUUAUUCCUUGGUCUACUCAUCUCCCGUCCUGUCGAAGUUCAAGAGUCCUGAUGCUGAGCCUCGGCUCCGGAUGGACACAGAGCAGGCUGCCUGGUUCGGGUCCAUCUAUUCCCUGGGCGCAGCGGCCGGCGGGCUGGGGGCCAUGCUGCUCAAUGACCUGACUGGACGGAAGUUAAGCAUCAUGAUGUCAGCUGUGCCCUCCACCGUCGGGUACAUGCUAAUGGGAGGAGCUGUGGACUUGUGGAUGCUCCAUUUGGGACGUUUUCUAACUGGUGUGGCUGGAGGGAUAACUGCAGCAUCCAUUCCAGUGUACAUCUCAGAGAUCUCCCACAAAAAGUUGAGAGGAGCUCUUGGCUCCUGUCCUCAAAUCACAGCUGUGUUUGGGACCCUGACGCUUUAUGCCCUUGGUCUGGUGGUGCCAUGGCGAUGGCUGGCCGUGGCGGGCUCUGUGCCACCACUGUUGAUGGUUGUGCUGCUGGCGUUCAUGCCCUCCUCCCCCAGGAGACUCCUCUCUCUGGGCCGGGAGCAGCACGCUGAGAGGGUCCUCCGCUGGCUGAGAGGAAGUGACUACGACACACAUGUUGAGCUCAGUGCCAUUAAGCAGAGCAUCGAGGCACAGGCUAACAUCACGUGGUCCCAGCUGGCCACACCCACCUACUCUCGGCCAAUCGUCAUUUCCGUCGUGAUGCGUUUCCUGCAGCAGAUGACAGGCAUCACGCCAAUUCUGGUCUACUUGGAGCCCAUCUUUGCCAAGAGCAAAGUGACCCUGGAGCCCAGAUACGAUGCUGCCAUUGUGGGUGCAGUCCGCCUCCUCUCUGUUGCCGUGGCAGCCGUUUUGAUGGACAAAGCAGGACGCAAAAACCUGCUGUAUUCCUCAAGCAUGCUGAUGUUUCUGUCCAGUCUGACUCUGACCAUGGUUUCACACACCACGCCUUGCCCGCCGGGCCCCGCUCCCCCAAACCUCACAGCUCUGCACCACAGCCCACAUGAGGACCUCGGGUCCGCAUUUCAGGCCGCCCCGCAAACCGCCGCGGGCCUCAUCCCUCUCAUCAGCACUGUUGUGUUUAUAUUUGGAUACGCCAUGGGCUGGGGCCCGAUCACAUGGCUGCUGAUGUCAGAGGUACUCCCACUGGUUGCCAGGGGCAAGGCUUCUGGUCUCUGCGUCACCGUGAGCUGGCUGACGGCCUUCGGGCUCACGCACGCCUUCACUCACCUGGUGGACAGUUACGGCCUAUACAUACCCUACUUGAUUUUUACCGUGGUGUGCGUCCUCUGCCUGCUCUUCAACGCUGUGUGCAUCCCGGAGACUCGUGGCCGCUCGCUGGAGGAAAUAGAGAACUAUUUCAGGACAGGACGCACAUUCACAAUUAACCAGAGUGAUCCCAGUGUAUUGCCAAGCUGA